CGGUAUGCUCAGUAGCGUGUCAAGCUAAGUGAGAGGAUUACCUACAAAAGAUGGCAUUUUCUUACACUGACUGAUGGAAAACUGCUUCCAUAUUCGUACAACAUCAGUGAGUGGACAGAGGAAGUGGUCAAAAUAGACAAUGGUCGGAUAUACAAACGGAUUUGAUCAAGAAACCGAGCUUACAAAUCACUUCAUGCAUACGCGUCCGUUAUCUGUGGUCAUGUAGAAAAUACUAAGUACCAUGAUGUAGACCAUGAAUUUUGUGUUUUGAAGUCAGAAGUCCUUCUAAACCAGAGACACGAUGAAUACGGCUUGGGUGAUACCAAACAAGACUGAGUACUACGUCCUGGCAGCGAACUGCAUCUGCAUGGUAGGAGAGAUGUCGUGUUUUUCUGCUGAUCCAAACUUCUGUCCAGAGUGUGGGAGUGUCCUUCCUCUGCCUGGAGUUCAGGAUGUUGUGCGCUGCCCCCGCUGCUCCUUCUCCAUCCCUGUAGCAGAGUUCUCUGGUCAGGAAAUCCGAUCCACAGUCGUUUUUAACUCUGUUGAGCAGUCGACUCUUUCUCUGGACAGCGAGGACUCAGAGCUAAAAGGACCCGUGAUCGACCGGCGCUGCUCUCGCUGUAACAAAGAGGGGAUGAUUUAUCACACCAGGCAGAUGAGGUCAGCUGAUGAAGGACAGACGGUCUUCUUCACCUGUAUACACUGCAGAUACCAGGAGAAGGAAGACUCAUGAAGAGAUCUUUCAAUCAUCGUCUUCGUUUUUUUUUUUUCAUGCUGCUGAUCAUUUUUUUGUUCCAACAUAUUUAACGAUGUCUUUCUUCAUUGUAUCUUUAAAAUAAAUUUAACUUCAAAAGCUC